AUGUCAUCUGUAGUAUUACGCCGUCUGGCUAUAAAAUGUCGUCCACCAACAUCUAUUUAUCAUGGACGAAGCUUCAGCACGAGUUUGCCACUCUUCACGGAUGCGAAUACUACGACUCCUUCAUCGGAUACUCAACGAACCGUCACCCUAAUCCCAGGUGAUGGUAUUGGUCCGGAAAUUUCAAAUAGUGUUCAAAGGAUCUUCGAAGCCGCAGAAGUGCCAUUAAAUUGGGAAUCUGUUGAUGUUACACCCGUUAAAUCUGCUGAUGGUAAAUUUCGAAUUCCUGCGCGAGCUAUUGAAUCGGUAACAAAAAAUCGAAUUGGACUUAAAGGACCAUUGGCAACACCUGUUGGCAAAGGACAUCAAUCACUUAAUCUUGCUUUACGAAAACAAUUUAAUCUGUUUGCCAAUGUUCGACCAUGUAAAACUCUCGAAGGUUAUAACACACCAUAUACAAAUGUCGAUCUGGUAACCAUUCGUGAAAAUACCGAAGGCGAAUACUCAGGUAUUGAACACACAAUUGUACCAGGCGUCGUUCAAAGUAUUAAACUUAUUACUGAACAUGCAUCUUUACGUGUUUGUGAAUAUGCAUUUCUGUAUGCGAAACAGAAUAAACGCGAGAAAGUUACUGUCGUUCAUAAAGCAAAUAUAAUGCGUUUGUCCGAUGGUCUGUUUCUCAAAAAUGCACGUGACGUGGCUGAAAAAUACCCGGAAAUAAAAUUCGAAGAAAUGUAUUUGGAUACCGUCUGUUUAAAGAUGGUUCAAGAUCCAACACAAUUCGAUUGUCUUGUCAUGCCGAAUUUAUAUGGUGACAUUCUCAGUGAUCUUUGUGCUGGCUUAAUUGGUGGUCUAGGGUUGACUCCUAGUGGAAAUAUUGGCGAAGAGGGUGCAGCUAUUUUCGAAGCUGUUCAUGGUACUGCACCGGAUAUUGCCGGCCAAGAUAAAGCCAAUCCAACUGCAUUACUUCUCAGUUCUGUUAUGAUGUUACGUCAUUUGCAAAUGGUUGAUAAAGCAGAUCGAAUUGAGAAAGCUUGUUUUGACACGAUCAAAGAAGGAAAGGUACUCACUGGCGAUUUGGGCGGUAAAUCAAAAUGUUCGGAAAUACUUAUGUUAACCUUACGACGUGUGUCGAUCGUCUAUCAAUAUCUAUAUCCACUUUCAUCGUAUCAAUAUCGAUUCAAAUCAAGCAAUGGAGAUGACUUUCAGUCGAUACCGCCUUCGAAUGAAGAACGCAAGAACAUCGAAAAGCCUAAAAACGCACCUAAAACUAAAAAGCCGUUCACAAAUGAUAAUCGGAUAGAGAAGAAACAGUCGAGUGCGAAUGAAAGUCGAUCGGACGAUGUUCUGCGAACUUUGAACGUGAAAAAUUCGAAUCAACGAAAGAAAUUCGUUGGAGAUCGAACUCGUUCACCAUCGAAUAACAAAGUGAACUUUGCUAAGCCAUUUAACACAACGGAGAAAAAAUACAAACAUGAAGGAAAGCAGGACGGUCAAAGUCAAAAAAAAUCUCAUCCACAAGUCAUUCUCGAUACAGAAUCGGACGAGGUGAAGAUUUUAACUCGUCAAGUGGCCGAUUUUCUUACUCCACCGACUACACCGGAUGGGGGUAGUAAUAUUGAACAAGAACUUCUCGACGUUCUACGCGGUCAUCAUGUUGUCAGCAAGAAUGCACAACGAAUGGAUAAACAUAUUGAACAUCCGUCAGAGAAAGAAUAUUCAGAACGAGAUAGAUCACCCGCAAGAAAACGAACUCGUCCAACAUCCAACACUAAUACUGAAAAAACAACCGAAGCUUUUUCAGCUUUACUACGCGAUAUCAAACUCAAUCCAACUCGUAGUACAUCAAGAACAACAUUGGAGAAUGAUUUCAUCCGUGAUGGUAUUCUGUUUAUACAUAUACGUCAUGUUAUCUGGUAUUUUGUUUUUCUUUCGAAAAUAGCUAUUGAUGGAUCGAAAGUCCAGCCACGAUUCAGUGAUAAUCGUGAACAGAAACGAGAUGGCAGUGAAUCGCGAAGACCAAUGCGAGAUAAUAGACGGCGGCAAGAAUUUAUGAAGCCGUACCAAUUAUGGAGUGGUGAACCACUAGUGCAAUAUUUUCUAGUUCCAACUUCGAAAAUUUCUGCUAUGUGGGAUAAAUACGAGCAAGACGAAUUAACAAGAAUAUCAUCGAUCCCGCCAAGAAACGCUUUUGAAGAAAUGAUUCAAUGGACAAAAGAUGGCAUUCUUUGGAAGUUUCCAGUUGAUAAUGAGCAAGAUGUCGGUGCCGAAGCUGAUGUUCCGUUUUAUGAGCACGUUUUAUUAGAACGUCAUCUACAUGAUUUUCCACCUUCUCCACUCAUUCGACAGUUUAUGGAACUUGUCUGUGUGGGCCUUGGUCGCAAUCCUUACUGGACAGCUAAGCAAAAACUCGAUCAUAUCAAUUGGUUUCGAACAUUUUUCAAUGAGAAAAUCAAUGUCUUGAAUGAAACAGUUCAUACAGGUACUGUUAAAACAUCAGCGCCACCAGCAGCACCGAAACCUGCGUCAACUUACAAACCGAAACCGGCACCAGCACCGGCGCCACCGAAAGUUGUUCCAGCUCCUCCGCCACCAGCAGCAGCAGCUGUCAAACCAACGACGGCGAGUAAAAAAUAA